AUGCCUCUGAGAAUCGAUGUUAUUUAUUGGCUGACUCAAUGCCGCCUUGAUUGGACUUCAUUAAUAUAUUUGGAUGAUAUACCUUUUAUCGAGGAUGAGAUUGCUCGUACAAAUGUGCAAAUAUGUCUUGUGGAUCACAACGUCCUUACUGGUUCUUUAACACGCUUUUCCCCUUGCGUUAUUGAGAUUAUUGAUCACCAUCGUCUUUCCGUUCCCGAAGAGGAAAUGAAUAGAUUUAAUCUUCUCUUGGUGAAGCCAGUUGGCUCUUGUUCCAGUCUGGUUGCUGAUAUCUUAAUGAAAGACAGCAUACGAAUACCUUAUCUUUUUAUGAAGCUUCUUUAUGGUCUUUCAACAUGGGAUUUAUUGCGUAGAGAUAUGAAAUUAGCAUGCUCAUCUACUGAUUCGAACUUUAACAUUAUAUGCUCUACGAUCUCUGGUCUUGAUUUUGAGGAACUUAUUAGCGCUCCUGAUUUUUUUUCGGCCGCUAGAAGAUUUUGUGAUAUUCAUACAGCUCCUCUGUUAGUUUGCAUCGCUAUUGGAACUCCACGAAAUGAAAAUACCUAUCUCCAAAGUGCGGAGCCCACAGAAUGCCGUAAUUCAACUAUUUCUAGCUUGCAUUCUCCUUUCUUUCCAUCACGUCGUGCAAUCAUUGUUUACUCAACGGACCAUCAGGAUACGUUAAGAGAUCAACUUAUAGAUCAUCUUUGCCGCCAUAGUUCCGGUUUGGAGCUAAAACCUGUCCUUUUUGAUGCAUCCUCACGUUUUGCCAAGGCCGAUUUAACCUCCGAUGAUUGUCUUAAUGCAAAGAUCUCAAAUAGCUUAGAUCAUUUCAACAAUCACGUUUUUGCUGCGAUUAUUGGAAAUAUGUGUGUAACUAGAAAGGUUAUCCUACCUCUUAUUGUAGAGUUCUUGUAUAAACGCAAUCAAUCGUUUCCCUCUGGAGGUGCCUGCGCACCGUCAUCUUCGGGUACAGGACAAAAUUCUGGUACUGAUGAACCGAUGAAUAAUGGAAGGCCUGAAAUAAACUUUGAACGAUCACUGCCUUGCAUCAAGGAUUCUGAACUGCUGGAUACUAAAGCCUGUAACCAAUUUCGAACGGUUGGUUUCUUUAUAUGCCAUUAA